UUACAGGUCCACGAUAUCGAGUUCGCGCCAUCAUUAGAGAUAAUACUUACACAAACCUUGCCGGAAUUAUCGAGGCAAGUAGCCAUCGGUAAGGCCAGAUACAUCGGCAUUACGGGUUAUCCAGUAUCCGUGUUGAAAAAGUGCGUUGAGAGGAGCAACAUCAAUAUUUCUUGCGUAUUAAGCUAUACGAGACUUACUCUGAUUGACGAUACAUUGUUGCAGUACGUCCCGUUUUUCAAGAAACAUAAUAUUGGUCUAAUUAACGCCGCGUUACCUUGUAUGGGCGCUUUAACGAAUAACGGACCACCAAGUUGGCAUCCUGCUUCUGACGAGACGAAAAGGCAAUGUGCAAAUGCUGCACAAUAUUGCAAGGAUCAAGGUGUAGAGCUUUCUAGACUGGCGAUAUGGCAUUCGCUACAAUAUAUAAAUAUAGACACCCACUUGGUCGGAGUACAAACCACGAAGCAGCUACAAAUGAAUCUAGACGUACUGCGUAACAGCAUCACGGAGAAAGAGGAAACGUUGUUACAAGAAAUUCAGGAAAAGUUUUUGUCAAAAGUAAAAAAUCAUCACUGGGAAGGUAAAGAAAUUGAAAAAUACCAGGAAGGCAUGAAAGACAAGAUUUGAGAGGAAUAUCUUUUCAAUUUUAUCAUUUCCAUUUCUAUUUUUUUUUUUUCAUUUGAUAAAAUCCGAACUCCCUAACUUAUACAACAUAUUUUAAUAAGAAACAAUAUAUAAAUAUAUUUUAUACAACAU